AUGGAGCAACUCGAGGACGAACCGCUACGAAGCUACCUGAACAGAUUCAAGAGUGCGCUGCUCGACCUCAGGGACAUUCCGGGAGCACCCCCAAUCGCGGAACCGGUACUCGUCCAAGCCCUCGGAAACGGACUUCGAUACGAAUCCGGAUUCUGGGAAGAUAUCCGCAUCCGCCCCUCCCCAACUUUGAAGGACGCCUUCCUUCGCGCUGAGAAUUACAUCGCCUCGAGCAAGACAUCCCGCAGCUACGGUUCGACCCCGAAGAUCCUCGGUUCCGGCUAA